AUGUCAUCGUCUUUAAAACAAUUGAAAGAACAAUUUGUCUCAGAUUUGACUGGUGGCACAAUUGAAGAAAUUUAUGCUGUAACCAGUAUAGCAUUAUCAUCUUAUUUGUCCUUUAGAUUGUUGAAAAAGUCUCUUGGUGAUUUAGCUUUGAUUUACGACUACAUUCUUAAUGUGUUGACAAUUCUAGCAUCCAUUACUGUUUAUAGCAACAGCCCUUCUUAUUUGCAUUAUUUUAUUGUUAUUCCAUCAUUAGUUAUAUAUCUAGUGAAUUACCAUGUUGAGAAACCAUCUUCACCCCAUAGACAAAAUGAUACAAAAGAAGAUAAAUCGGACGAACUAUUGCCGAGAAAACAAUUUAUAACAGCCUAUCGUUCUCAAAUGUUGAUAAUUACUAAUCUAGCUAUAUUAGCUGUUGAUUUUCCUAUUUUCCCAAGAAGAUUUGCCAAAGUGGAAACAUGGGGCACGUCAAUGAUGGAUUUAGGAGUUGGGUCGUUUGUGUUCUCCAUGGGGUUGGCUAAUUCUCGACAAUUGAUCAAGAACCACACCGACAACUACAAAUUUAGUUGGAAGAGUUAUUUGAAAACAAUCAAGCAGAACUUUAUCAAGUCAGUGCCUAUACUUGUUUUAGGAGCUAUUCGUUUUGUUAGUGUUAAGCAAUUGGACUAUCAGGAACACGAAACAGAGUAUGGAAUCCAUUGGAAUUUUUUCUUCACAUUAGGGUUCUUGCCAAUUGUAUUGGGAAUAUUAGACCCGGUGUUGAAUUUGGUUCCACGCUUCAUAAUAGGAAUUGGUAUCUCAAUUGCUUAUGAGGUAGCGUUGAAUAAGACUGGUUUGUUGAAGUUCAUUUUGAGCAGCGAAAACAGACUUGAAUCUCUCAUCACCAUGAAUAAAGAAGGUAUUUUUUCGUUUAUUGGAUAUCUUUGUAUUUUUAUAAUUGGUCAGUCUUUUGGGUCAUUUGUUUUAACAGGCUACAAAACAAAGAACAACUUAAUAACCAUUAGCAAAAUUCGUAUUUCAAAAAAACAACACAAGAAAGAGCUGCUGCUGUUUUUCUCAGUCGCCACUACUCAGGGAUUAUAUUUGGCAUGUAUCUUCUAUCACUUAGCUUUCAGUUUGUUCAUCAGCAACUUAUCAUUCUUGCAACCAAUUUCAAGACGAUUGGCCAAUUUCCCCUACGUCAUGUGGGUCGUUUCGUACAAUGCUACGUUUUUAUUAUGUUAUGACUUAAUUGAAAAAUUUAUCCCGGGGAACCUUACUUCUACUGUAUUGGACUCUAUUAAUAACAAUGGUUUAUUUAUCUUCUUGGUCAGCAAUUUAUUAACAGGGUUUAUUAACAUGUCCAUCAACACUUUGGAAACUAGCAAUAAAAUGGCAGUGAUUAUCUUGAUUGGCUAUAGUCUUACUUGGACAUUGCUCGCCUUAUAUUUGGAUAAGAGGAAGAUCUACAUCAAGCUUUAG